AUGGAUGAUAUGCAUGGCCAGUCGAAGGGUCCAGGCGCUUUGCUUGGCUCCUCAGCCUCUGUUCUCACUGCUCCGCUAGUUACCAUCUGGCAACGAAUAGUCGGUCGAUAUGACCCCCAUCUCAUAGAUGUCGUGGGCAGUCUCAUCGUCCAGAUCCUCUUUUGGUGGAUUCCCUGCCUCCUCUUCGCAUCGUUGGACCAUCUCUGGCCGUCCUUCUCAGCCCGUCACAAGAUCCAGCCGGCUCCCAAACAGCCUACUAUCGCCGACGUCCAGCACGCAGCGGUAGUGUCGCUGCGGAACCAGGCCAUCGUUCUCGUCCUGCAUGUUGUCUUAGCCGCUCUCGCCAUGUCGCAGGGCUUGCCCCCAACCCUCCGGGUAACUGCGACACCGCCGCCCAUCAGUCAGUUCCUUCGCGACUUGUUGCUCUGUGUCUUGGCCCGCGAGGUCCUCUUCUACUACUCCCACCGCCUCCUCCACGUCCGCUCCCUCUACGCUCGCAUCCACAAGGUCCACCACAGGUUUACCGCUCCCGUCGCCUUCGCCUCGCAGUACGCGCACCCGGUCGAGCACAUCGUGGCCAACAUGCUGCCCAUCGCCCUGCCGCCUCUCGUGCUGCGGACCCAUGUCCUCACCAUGUGGGCGUUCCUGGCCUGGCAGCUGCUGGAGACGGCGACGGUGCACAGCGGCUAUGACUUCUUCCGCGGCGCGGCUCGCAAGCAUGAUCGCCACCAUGAGCGGUUCAACGUUUACUUUGGCGGGAUUGGGCUUCUGGAUUUCUUACAUGGCACCGGUGAGGAUCUGUCAUCGCCAGGUGAGGUGAAGAAGACCACGUAA